AUGAAGACUGCCACUCUGUUGACCGCAUUGGCGGCCACUGCCGCGCACGCCAGCCCGACGUUGAACGUCAAGGCGAAGGCGCGCGCCACCGAGCUUGAGCCCAUCACCGUGAAGGGCAACGCCUUCUUCCGGGGCAAUGAACGUUUCUACGUCCGUGGUAUCGACUACCAGCCCGGCGGUGCGGCCGGCAACGUCGACCCCCUGGCCGACCCCAAGGUCUGCAAGCCGGAUAUUGUCAAGUUCAAGAAGCUCGGCGUCAACGUGAUCCGCGUGUACUCGACCGACAACUCCAAGGACCACGACGAGUGCAUGAACGCGCUGGCCGACGCCGGCAUCUACGUCGUGCUCGACGCCAACAACCCGCUCUACUCCAUCAACCGCGACAAGCCCCAGGGCACCUACAACACCCCCUACCUGCAGAGCGUGUUCGCCACCAUCGACGCCUUUGCCAGCUACACCAACACCAUGGCCUUCUUCUCCGGCAACGAGGUCAUCCACGACAAGACCAACACCACCCUGGCGGCCAAGUACGUCAAGGCCACCGAUCGCGACAUGCGCCGCUACAUCAAGGCCCGCAACUACCGCAAGAUCCUUGUCGGGUACUCGGCCGCCGAUGUGUCUACCAACCGCAUGCAGACUGCCCAGUACUUCAACUGCGGCUCUGACGAGGAGCGCAGCGAUUUCUUCGCCUUCAACGACUACUCCUGGUGCACCUCCGACUUUGUGACCUCGGGCUGGGACAAGAAGGUCAAGGACUUCACCGGCUACGGUCUCCCCCUGUUCCUGUCCGAGUACGGCUGCACCGCCAACAAGCGCGACUUUGGCGAGCUCAGCGCGCUCAUGUCCGACAAGAUGACCUCGGUCUACUCCGGCGGUCUCAUGUACGAGUACAGCCAGGAGCCCAACAAGUUCGGCAUCGUCGAGAUCGCGGGCGGCCAGGACAACGGCAGCCGCGACCAGACCGGUGCCCGCAAGGAGCUGGACGAGUUCGCCGCUUUGGCUGCCGCGCUCAAGAAGUACCCCGCCCCGACUGGUGAUGGUGGCUACACCAGCACCACCAAGUCUUCCGCCUGCCCCACCAAGGAUGCCAACUGGGCCCUCGACACCACUGAGCUUCCUGAGAUCCCGACUGGUGCUCUCAAGUUCUUUGACAACGGUGCCGGCAAGGGCCCCGGCCUGAACGGCCCCGGCUCGCAGUGGGCCACCGACCAGGCCUCCCCCAGCGACAGCCAGGGCGGCUCCGGCUCCGGUACCGGCACCGGUUCGGGCUCUGCCGAGUCCUCGUCUAGCGCGGCCAUGCGCGGGACCGUCCCUGCGUUCAACAUUGCGCCGCUGGCUGUGUCGGGCGUGGUGCUGCUUUUCACGAUGAUUGGUGCUGCGGCGUUGUAA